UAGAAAGUACCAGUCCUACCCUGGAGAGUCACAGAUCUACCUCCCGUCCAUGCCUUCUCUCAUGCUUCUCGGUCUUCCCAUCCCACUCUUCCUGAUACCAGGCUUCACCGUUCCGUCCGCAAAUGACGGAUCCCCGCCGUUAAGUUUCUCGCCGGAGUCGAACACUUGAUUGCGUUGUCCGUCGAAUGUACCACACAAGCCUGUUGAGAGCUUGCUCCGUUGCCUUCUAAAGCGGAGCCACCAGUCGACGCCAAUGAAACUUCGUCGUAACAGCUCGUGCGCUUCUAGCUUGUAGAAGCUCGUGCUCAUCGCCAUGCAGCAUGUCAGAAUCGCUCGUACGCCUCUAGAUAUUAGAAACUCAUACAUACCUCCAUGCAGCAUGUCAGAGCCUGUCGUACGCUCGCUGCCAUGCAGCAUUUCGUAACCGUUCGUUCGUACGCAUCAAGAAUUAGAAGCUCGGAUUCAGCGCCAUGCAGCAUGUUACAACCGUUCGUACGCUUCUAGCUCGUGUCAGCUCGUGCUGACCGCCAUGCAGCGUCAGUCACCCUCCAUGCCAGCUCGCUCAUAUGGCGGAUCCACGUCAUCGCUGUCCACGUCAGCUUCGCCUCGCUGUCAGCCCGACGGUCCUCCUGACGUCAAUCCUGCCGGCAUUGACGUCACAGCAACUCGUUCGGAACUCUCAUCCACAUCGAACCUCUCCCGAACCUCCACCGGACCUCCCCUCUCCGGAGCCUCCACCGGACCUCCCCUCUCCCGAACCUCCACCGGACCCCCCCUCUCCCGAACCUCCACCGGGCGUUCUCUCUCCCGAGCCUCCAGCGGAGGCUUGAGCAGCAGCAGCUGGGCCGCCGUGGUGCCUUGGGACUGGCCGGAGUCGCUAGCUCCGGGUUUUGCUUCGGGAGCAGCGGGAGGGGGAGGCGGAGCAUGGGGAGCAGCAGGGGGGACUCCUGCAAUCAGCGGAUUAGUGGGCGGAGUGACGGGUGGGGCAGGCGGAGCAUGGGGGGUGGGAGGGACGGCAGGAGUAAGCCGGUCAGGAGCAGGCGCGGGGGAAGUAGGAGCGACAGCAGUGGGCGGAGGAGGGGGAGGAGGGGGAGGAGGCGGAGGAGGCGGAGGAGCGGUAGGAGCAGUGGAAGCAGGGGCGGUGGGAGCAGGCGCAGGUGGGAUCAGCAGCGAGCUGGGUCGUUCGGGCCGUCUUUCUUUCCUCGCAGCCCCCACUACAUCCCCCCCCGCAAUCACCCGCUCACUCACCGACCCGCGCCUCCUAGACCUUCGCCAAUCCCCCUGGCACGCACCCGCCUUCCCCCCACCUCCCGCCUCCGCCUCUCCCCCACCUUCCCCUACGGGCUCCCCCCUAGGCUUCCCGCUGCCGUCCCCCGACCCCCUGUCCGCGCUGGGAGCGCCGGAGAUGCUGUCCCCCUCGCGCCCGCUGCCUGUAUGCCCCGCCAAGGGCCAGUGGGUGCGCGGCAGCCAGAUCGGUGCAGGGGGCUUCGGCAGAGUGUUUCAGUGUGUGAGCAGCGUGACGGGCGAGGUAUUUGCCGUGAAGCAGGUGGCGCUGGACCGCUCGGAUGCUGAAUUCAGGGGCCAGCACUCCAUUGAGCAGCUCAAACAGGAGAUCAUGCUGCUGAGUCGCAUCAACCACCCCAACAUUGUCCAGUACCUCGGCUGUGAGCUUGACGACAAAUACCUGUACAUAUUCCUCGAGUACGUGGAGAUGGGGUCCAUCCUCAACGUGCUGAAGAAGCUGCCAGUGAGGCCGCACUCGCUGCUCAGCAAGUAUGUGCGCCAGGUGCUGCAGGGGCUGGCGGUCCUUCACUCCAUGGAGUUCGUGCACAGGGACAUCAAGUGCAGCAACAUUCUAGUGGAUAAGAGUGGCACCAUCAAACUUGCAGACUUUGGGCUCGCCAAGCACUACUCCGCGUCUCUGGACAUGACUGGCUGCCGCGGAACUGUGUGGUGGAUGGCACCUGAGGUGAUCAAUGCGUGUGGCGGAUACGACUGGGCGGUGGACAUCUGGUCGCUGGGCUGCACCGUGAUCGAGAUGCUCACUCUCUGGCCGCCCUGGUUCGACCCCGCCUCUGGCUGCCCCAUCUGGGGCCGCGGCUUUGGGCCCGAGACAGCAUUCAUGAAGAUCGCAUCCACCCAGGUGCCGCCGCCCAUUCCCCCCGGGCUGUCCGACGACCUCGCAGACUUCAUCGCGUGCUGCCUGCACCUCGACCCGCACCGCCGCCCCUCCGCCACCACCCUGCUGCGCCACCCCUUCGUGCUCUCGCACUCCCCAUUCUCCUCCCCGGCCUCAGCUCGCAAUCCCCAGGUCUACCCGCCCCUCCCCGCCACCAUCUCCACCACGUCUUACCGCUCCUCCUCCCGCUCCUCCUCGCGCCUCUCCUCGCCCUCGCAGGCUGCCUUUGAGCCGACUCAGAAGCACCGCUCCUCCUCCCGCUACUCCUCCCGCCUCUCUUCCCCCUCCCAGACCAUUGUUCCCUUCAUCGUCCCGCCCUCCUCUUCCUCCAGUCCCAAGGCACAGCAUGCCCUCGCUGCUGCUUUUGAGUCGACUCAGAAGCAGGCCGCUUCGCCCUUCCUCGUCCCGGCCUCGUCCUCCUCCAGUCCCAGGUCAGAGCAUGCCCUCGUUACUGCCACACAGCACGGGCAGCAGCAGCAGCAGCAGCAGCAGCAGCAGCAGCAGCAGCAGCAGCAGCAGCAGAGGCAGCAGCAGCAGCUUGCUCCUCUGUUUACAAGCACUUCCCAGGGGAGCAGCGCUCUGAGGUGGCAACAACAACAGCAGCAGGAGCGCCAACUGCACCAACAGCGGCAACAGCAGCAACAGCAACAGGAGCAGCAGCAGCCUUGGCAGCAACAGCAGCAGCGCCAGCGAAGGAGCUCCAGCCUAGAAGACCUCCCUUCCCACCUUCCCUCCUCACCCUCCUCCCUCCCUCCUUCCUCCCUCCUCUCUCUUCUCCCCCCACACUCCACCUCCCCCUCUCCUUCCACCCAACCCUCCGCCCCCAUCCCACCCUUCACCAAGUCCUCCUCCGUCCCUGACUCCUCCCCACUAGGCGACCCCCGGCUGCAGUCUUCAGUGUUUUCCACCCCCUCUGCUGCUGCAAAGGAACCGGCUUCUGCUCUUUCUGCUGCUGCUGCUGCUCCUGCUGCUGCUGCUGCUGCUGCUGCUGCUGCUGCUCCUGUUGCUGCUCCUGCUGCUUCUUCUGCGCCUGCUGCUGCUCCUGAUUCCAGCCUUGGUGGCGCAGCAGCUCCCGUUCCUCUAAGUUUCCCUUUGCCCAACCUGGCCUUCAACAAACGUGCUGGUGACGCGGCUGUAGAGAAUGCUGGCUCUGGCAGCAGCGCCAGCAGGGCUGGCUUGCGUGGCAGUGGUGCAGGGGCACAGGAGGAGAGAGGGGAGGGGUGGGAGAGUGGGAUAAGGCGGAGAGGGGAGGGGUGGGGGAGGAAGGUUGAGGAGGAACAGAGAAGGCUGUUGGAGGCAGCAGCUAGGGCAGCAGAGAGGACAGCUAGAGCGUGGAGGGAAGAAGACAGUGCUAAUGCUGAUGUGGAAGCCAGAAGUGCUGAUGCGGCAGUGGCGGCUGCUGAUGGUGAUGGUGGUGGGGAUGCUGGAGCAGACAUGGCACUGGGACAGCCAGGCCGGGAGCUAACGACAGCCAAGGGAGAGACGGGUGGGAAGGGGAGAGGGAGUGAAACUGAGGGCGGGAGGGAGAUUGGAAGGGAGAGCAGCAGAGUUAACAGCAGAGCGAACAGCAGAUUGAGUAGCAGAGUGAGUAGCAGAGCGAACAGCAGAGGCAGUGAGGACUCGAGCAGUCCAGGCAGGGGCAGCAGCAAGUCGGCCCCCCGGGAUUGUAAGUGGCACUUUCCCCGCUUUGGCAGGUCCAGCAGCUGGGUGGGGGCCGGGAGGAGGAGUAACGAAGGGGAGGCAUCAGGAGCGAGUGACAGUGGCUUGGGAGGAGGCUCCAAGGGGGAUGGAGGAGGCUCCAAGGGGGAUGGAGGAGGCUCCCUUGCCUCUCCCCAUGUACCUUCACCCCUUGGAAGCACUCCCUCCUUUCUUCACAGCCAUAACGCCCCACUCUCCUCCCUCUCCCCACUCACCCCCGUCUCUCCCCCCACCUUACCCACAGAGUCUCAUCCCCCCUCACCCCCUGCAUCCCCCAGCGCUCCUCUCUCCCCCUCCGCGCCCCCACCUCCUGUGCCCUCCCCCUCUGCCUCCUCACCCCCCACCUCUCCCUCCCUGCCUGUCACCUCUGCAAACCCACUUUUCUCCCACAACCCCACCCACCGCCGUUCCUCCUCUCUCGUCUCCCACCCUGCACGGACCAUCCGAGUCAUGGCGCUCACUGCCCCUGAGCCAUCCCACAAUGGAAGGGACGAUCCUAGAGCCACUGCAGCUUUCGGCCAUCUAGGCCAGCACAGGCAUAGCUCUGCGGAGCCAGCCACACCGAACCUUCCCCGGAAAGACCUCCGAGGCGAUUGGGAGUCAGAAAGCGGCACAUUGUUGAAGGCACAGACACAGACACCUUCGUUGCAAGAGCAGGAGCGCGAUCCAGAGGGCCCGAGGGGUGAGAGGUCAAGGUCGUUUGGUGGUGAGAGGGGGGGCGGCCUGGGAGUGUCCCUGUGGCAGCAGUUUCAGGAGCUGCGGGUGGGGAGAGGGGAGCAUGGGAGGCAGGAGGGAGUGGACGAGGAUUUGCAAGAGUUAGCUGUUACAGGCUCAGGGCACUGCAUGGGCAAGGCAGGAGACACAGGAGGAGAUGUGGAAAAGCGGGGAGAAGCAGGCGCAGUCAGUGGGAACGACAGACCGCAACGGAGAGGCGGAAAUGAUGGUGCGAAAGCAGGGCUUGAGGGUGCGAAAGCAGGGCUUGAGGGUGACGACGCCUCCUCUUUGAAUGCAGAUGCAGUUGUGGCUGAAGAAGCAUCUGUCGCUUGUGCGGGCAGCAGGGACCAUGUGGCGCUGGGAGUGGAGCUGAUGGUGGUGAAGCAAGUGAGUGAGUUUAGGCCAAACAGUGCAGCCGAGCGAGGGGAAGAGUUGGCAGGGGGGGAGGAGUUGGAGGACCUGCUGGGGCCUCCGAGCAUAGUGGUGCCGCAGAGAAAGAUUCUGAAAAACUUUGUGCAGCUGCCUGAUGCCUCCCACGUGCCCGUGCUGCCUCAUGCCUCUGCCCCUCCGCCCCCAUCUGCUGCACCGCCUGCUCCACCCACUGCUGACCUUCCCUCCUCCCCCAUUGCCCUGCCCUCUCUCAAUUCCCACUCCGAGCCCUUCCGCUUCGCCUCUCCUCCCUCGCUUCUGCCCCCGCACUCUCCUGUCUUCUCCGUCCCUCCACAGACCACCAUCGCUCCCACCAUUUCCCACCCACUCACUGUCUCUUCCUCAUUUCCCUCCUCCCCCUUUUCCCCCUUUCCUGGUCCCCCAACCCAGCGGUCUGUGUCUCUUACUGCUACUGCCGCCACUCAUUCCCCAGUCCCUGAGUCGCCUCAGAAAAAUUCCACUGCUGCAGACCGUACUAGCCUCUUCCAGCUUCCUCCUCCCUCUCACUCUUCCGUUCCGCUCGUCUCCCACCCGUCAACCAGCCACUAUCAGCCAGAAGUAACGCCUGUGCCGCCAUUCCUGGCAGCAGGGGCAACAGCAGGAACGGUUGCAAUCCCAGCAACACAGCAAACCCCAUCUCCACCCUCUGCCGUGCCCCCGGCAUCCCAUCUCACUAUUCUACAGGCUUCAACCAGUCCCUUCCUUCCGCCCUCCUUACCUGCCUUCACGCCUCCCAAUGCCCCUCCUCUCUUCCCCCCCCCAGCGCUUCCCCCCUCGGUGUCCCCCUCGUCCCCAUCCUUCCCUGCAAUAACCCCCGCCAUCCCGCCCUUUCCCCUGAGCCCUCCUCUGCAAUCCACAACACCCCUUCAAGCGCUAGCCAGAAGCACCAUCAUGCAGCACAGCUCACUCGUAUUCAGUAGCCCUGGUGAUUCAGUUAGCGAGGGCGCUGAUGGGGGUGCGGGGGCAAAGCCGAGUAGUACGAGUCAAGGGGAGUGCGAGCAGCAGUAUUACCAGCAACCUAGCAGGCGGAGGAGAAGGAGGAGCAGACAGCUCUCUGCCUCACCCACAAGAGAGGGCGACGCGGGAGUGGGUGAGCAGACUCAACAGCAGCAGCAGCAGCAGAUUCAGUGGGAGCACAUGCUGCAGAUGCAGCAGGUGCAGCAGGCGUGGCUGAAGCAGCAGGCGGCACUGAUGCAGCAAUGGAUGGCGCAGCAGCAGCAGGUGAUGCAGCUGCUGCUGCAGACGCAGUUGCAGCAGCAGGCAGAGGUGACAAGGGAGCAGACUCAACAGCCAGAUAAGCAGCAGGCGCAGCAGGCAGGAACAGAGCAGAAUCAGCAGCAGAUGGAGAGAGAAACGCAGCCGAGGGGUGGAGUGAGGGAGCAUAUCCAAGAGUCGAUGCAGGUUGGGUCGCAGCAGCAACAUACCUUGCAGCAGCAGCAGCUUCAGCAGCCAGCACAGCAGCAGCAGGAGCAGCAGCCGAGACAACAACAGCAGCCGAUUCUGCAGCAGCUGCCAUUGGGGCAGCAGCAGCAGGAGCUAGUGGAGGCGCCAAUAAUUGAGGCUAAAGACUCAAAGGUACCGGCUGCACAGAACAGUAACCAGGCCCAGGCAGCAAGGGCAGGUCCUGAGGUUCAGAUCAGGCAUGCUUCUGCAUCCACUCAUGAGGGUGAGAGAUGCAGCAUAUCUGCUGAGAGGGAACUGCUGACCAAGGAUGUAGAGUCACCGAUGAAUCUAUGGAGCCAGUUCAAGCAACGAAAGGACCAAAUCCAAAGGCACCACCAGGAAACGGAGGCCCGAGAUGUGGCGACAGCUUCCUUGAGCAGCUCUAGACACGCGAUGUUAUCGGGGUCGUCACAUGCUGACAUCCACAACAAGCAGAGCAACCACCUUGUUACAACAGGAGGGACGCUUGAGAAGCCAUCCUUCCCUUCUUUUUUUUCCUUAUCAUGGGAUCCUGAAAGGGGUAAUACCGCGUUUUUGGACGUUGGAGAUGCUAGUAACAACAAUAGUGAGUAACUUGUAGAUUAGAUUCCUUCUCAAUUCGUUUUUUAUGCCAUUCUAAAUGUGCUAUUCAGAUACC